ACAUAAACCUGUAUCUAUCUAUCUGCGUUAUGAACAACAAUGUUGCUGAAAAGCCUCGUGUCUGUCAGUGCAGUUAGUGCACUGAGGGACUAGUAGAGUAAUGACCGCCUGCACCACGCCACUUGUUUCAGCGCAUCUAGAUGGGAGGAGAGAAGAUGAGAGAGGAGGGCGCGUGUUAGCGAGGUGAGAUGCUUGGUGCUUCCCUAGGAAGGCCUGCAUGUCAAUGAGGGACGGCCAUCUGGAAAUCACUGCUAAAGAGACAGAAAGCAGCUGCAGCUCGUGCAGCUCACACUUGCUCAAUCACUGGGCAACAAAGGGACCGAUGCUUUUUCUACCGCUCGGGCGAUUAUACUACACAUAUCAGCACUGACAUAGUCUAUUGGAGAGCUGAUAUAUGCAAUUGCUAAAAUUUGACGCGGUUGACUGCAUCAGACUUUAAUUAAAGUCAUGGAGCUGGAGCACUUUGACGAGCGGGAGAAAGCCCAGAGAAACACCCGCAGAGGCUCCAGGAACAACGGGCUGCCGAGCCCCACGCACAGUGCCCACUGUAGUCUGUACAGGACCCGAACACUGCAGUCCCUGGCCUCGGAGAAGAAGGCCAAGAAGGUCCGCUUUUAUCGCAACGGAGACCGCUACUUCAAAGGGAUUGUCUACGCUAUUUCCCAGGACAGGUUCCGGUCUAUAGAAGCCCUGUUGGCCGAUCUGACCCGCUCCCUGUCAGAUAAUGUGAACCUUCCCCAGGGGGUCCGGACCAUCUACUCUAUCGAUGGGACCAAGAGAAUAUCCGGCAUGGAGCAGCUGGAGGAAGGAGAGAGCUAUGUGUGUGGCUCCAUAGAGCCAUACAAGAAGCUGGACUACACUAAGAAUGUCAACCCCAACUGGUCAGUUGGAGUGAAGACAGCUGCGGCUGCCUCUGCGCGUGGCCCCCCCUCCCUGGGCAGUGCCAAGGCUGGGGCCCCAGACACCAGGGAGAGUAAGGACUUCAUCCGGCCCAAACUGGUCACCAUCGUCCGGAGCGGGGUGAAGCCUCGUAAGGCCGUCCGCAUCCUCCUCAACAAGAAGACGGCCCACUCCUUCGUACAGGUCCUCUCUGACAUCACAGACGCCAUCAAGCUGGACUCUGGGGUCGUCAAGAGACUGUACACCUUGGACGGGAAACUGGUGACAUGCCUUCAGGACUUCUUUGGUGACGAUGACAUCUUUAUGGCCUGUGGUCCAGAGAAGUUUCGCUACCAAGAUGACUUCCUCUUAGAUGAGAGUGAGUGUAGGGUGGUGAAGUCGACGUCAUAUGGUCGGAUCUCCUCUCUGCAGGGACGCUACUCACCCAGAGGAGGAGGCUCACGCCGAAGCUCAGGCUCAGCCAAUGGGACGGCAGGCAGUCAGCUGUCGACUCCUCACUCAGGGAAGUCCCCCAGCCCUUCUCCUACCAGUCCUGCCAGCCUCCGACGACGCAGGGGGUCCCAACACAGUGGCUCGUCCCUGUCUCUAGCCUCCACCAAGGUGUGUAGCUCCAUGGAUGAGGGAGACGGAGCAGGUAGUGAAGCGGAGCUGAACCUGCUGAGUGAUGAAUGUCCCUCCGUCCCUCCUUCCAUCGCUGAGAGGUACAAGGUGGGGAGGACUUUAGGUGAUGGCACCUUUGCUGUGGUCAGAGAGUGUGUGGAGAGAUGUACCGGCAGAGAAUACGCCCUGAAGAUCAUCAACAAAGGCAAAUGUAGGGGAAAGGAACACAUGAUCCAGAAUGAGGUGUCCAUCCUCCGUCGUGUCAAACACCCCAACAUCGUCCUGCUGAUCGAGGAAAUGGACACCUACAGCGAGCUCUACCUGGUCAUGGAGCUUGUCAAGGGGGGUGACCUGUUUGAUGCCAUCACCUCCUCUAAUAAAUACACAGAGAGAGAUGCUAGUGGGAUGCUUUAUAACCUGGCCAGUGCCAUCAAGUACCUGCACAGCCUCAACAUCGUACACAGAGACAUCAAACCUGAGAACCUGCUGGUGUAUGAGCAUCAGGAUGGUAGUAAGUCUCUGAAGUUGGGAGACUUUGGCUUGGCUAGCCUGGUGGAUGGACUCCUCUACCUGGUCUGUGGCACCCCCACCUAUGUAGCACCUGAGAUCAUCGCUGAGACAGGGUACGGGCUGAAGGUUGAUAUCUGGGCAGCUGGAGUGAUCACAUACAUCCUGCUGUGUGGCUUUCCUCCCUUCAAUGGGAGCAGUGAGGACCAGGAGAUUCUUUUGGACCAGAUUCUAACAGGACAACUAGACUUCCCUUCACCGUCCUGGGACAACGUGUCUGUCACUGCUAAGGAGCUGAUCACUGGGAUGCUGCAGGUGAAGGUGGAACAGAGAUACAAAGCGCUGCAGGUUCUGGAUCACCCCUGGGUCAAUGAUGAUGGGCGAUUAGUGAACGACCAGCAGCUGUCUGUGGCUGGGAAGAUUAGGAAACACUUCAACACUGGUCCUAAAGCCUGCAGCACCACCGCCGGAGUGUCUGUUAUCACAACCACCCCUCUUGAUAAGGAGCGGCAGGAUUUCAGACUAAGACACCAGCAGGAUGUGAGGUUGAAGCCCCGCCCCCGCCCCCAACCAACUGGCUUCCCCACCAGCGCCAGCCAAAGCUCCACCCACAGCUCCAACAACCCUGCCCCCUCUCCCACUGACUUCACCUCAGAGUCAGAAGAUUACUCCCCCAGCCCCUCCCCCACCUCUCCUAGCUCCGCUGACACCGUCCGCUCCCCCACCUCCCCCUUCUAGACUUCUAGACCCCAAAGGAAGAGAAAGGGGAGAGGAGGUUGGAGAGAGAAAGAGGAAGGACAGGGGGCACGUAUCCCUGUACUAACACUAACCCAUGUCCCUGUAUUCACGAUGACAGUCUGUCAAGAUGCCUGCCAAUUACUUAAACAUUUAUUUGUCAUUCCGGGCUACAGUGUCAGUUAACACUAAGAUACACUGGGGUCAGAGCCAUACAUAGAGAUCAGUUAGGGUGGGGUUAGUGUUAAAGGUUAGAGGUUAGGGUCAAGGUUAAAGGUGUAUUCUGGAUGGGUUCUGCUCUGGCCCUGAGCGGUUACUAAGGCAGAGAAUCUGUAUCUGCUUAUCUUUUUAAGACACCACACAGACAUACAGUAGUUAAGCCUUAUUUCAGCAAACACUGAAUACUGGUCCACUGAGGUCCCCUGGUGUUGGGAGAUCAGUACUGCAGGCCAACCAACCUGCUAACAGGACAGCUGAAACUGCAACACAACAGCUAUGUAAACCUACAAAUCAAAAUCUUCCAUUUAACUUGACGGUACCUCAUACGCCCUGAAUAGGGCAUCUUACGUAUUUAUGUGAUUAAACAUACAUUUUGAAAAUAAUAAUGAUAAUAAUAAUGACUUUGGGUCCUUGAAAAGCGCUAUAUAAAUGAAAUACCAUGUAUUAUUAUUCAUUUUGAAAAUGUAUGCAUCAAGUCAGUUAUCUAUUUCAGUGAAGUUAAAUUGUAUCCAAUUCAUUCCAACUUGUACAGUUAAUUCUGUAGAAAAACACUUCCAAGUGAAAAGAUGUAAUCUCAGAUUCAGAACAUUCAAUUAGACGCCUGUAACGUGAAGCUAUAAUGUAUGUAUGUUUAGAAGGACAUGUGGCUACGGUCAUGUCCAGUCCAAUCUUAAUUAUCGAACUAGUUAGUGUUAAGCUAUUCUCCAGUUCUUGGUGCUGCUGUAGCUAUAAUAUACUACACACUUUACAGACGGCCAGAGAGGGGAGCUAGAAGCUAUCCAGGCAUUCUGCUAUACCAUAUGGAGUGGUUGAUUGAUUGUCUUUUUGUCCAUGACUGUUAUGCCAGUGUGCCAGUUCAUGUAAAGUCCUCAUUUAAUGGACUAUGAAAAGGGUUGUGUAUUGGGUAGAGUAUUAACGGUCAUUUUACAUUUACAUUUAAGUCAUUUAGCAGACGCUCUUAUCCAGAGCGACUUACAGUUAGUGAGUGCAUAAAUUUUUCUUUUCAUGGCUUUUUAUUAUUGUACAAAAUUGCCCUUGUUUCAGUUAAUAUGUUAAUAUGUUGAUCGUGAAAGAAUGACCUAUUUAAAGUACGAUUAUUGGCCUGAGCACAAUGGUUCAAGUGCAAUUAGGUUCUGGAUCUCUUACCAACAUUAGACAGCGCAUAUACUUUUUCAAGCGAUUGUUAACUAUAAACAAUCCAUACAUUGUGAAUGUAUGUCAGAACAGAGGUGUCAUGGCGGCUGCUUUCAGUGCCGCCUGAGUUUUUAGCUUGCAAGGGGUUGGAACCGGUUCAGGGAACAGAACCGAAAACCGGAAAAUAAUGCAUGUCAUAACAAGAUGCCAAGCGCUUCAAGGCAAGCCUCCUCCUCCACCCUUUCCCCACUCGCAAAAUUUUAGUCGCAUCUCACGCCCUACAAUUGUCUGUCCAAUGCAUGUAAACAACUAUAGCUUGCCCGCUCCAUAGCAAGCUGCUAUAUCUGCACUGAUUGGUAAAGUAAUUUAAUUGUCGAGUUAAAUGUAAAAAAAAAAAAAAAAAGAAAAAGAAAGAAAAAAGAUUUCAGAGGUUUAAAAAGGAACAGAAACGAACGAUAUAAGCUGCUACUAUUUUGGGUGUUCGAACCGGUUCAGAACUUUAUUUUGCUGGUCAGAACUUUAUGUUGCUGGUCAGAACAAUGGAACUGAACGAAAAAAAAGAAUGGUUCUGUUUAGAACAAAACGAUUGGAAAAUAAUUUUGGUUCCAACCCCUGCUGUAAGCACAGUGGGUUGGCAGGUCUAGAGAGAGAGAGAAGCACAUUGAGUUUUCAGGUCUAGAGCGAGAGAGAGAAGCACAGUAAGUUGGCAGG